UCGCAUCAAGUUUGCAGACCGCACACGUGUGUAUAAGCGAACACGUUCGCUUUGGAAUUGUUCUGUGACCGAACAUGUUCGGUAACGAACGGUUUGGUGACCGAACUAUCGGAUUGGUGCAUGCCUAGUUUUAACUGCACCUUCAAAAAAUCGAUUUUUUUGAGCUAAACCUCGCUAAAAAUGACUUAUUUAACAAAAUAAGGUCUAUUGAAAAAUUCAUCAAGAAAUUUUCUACAAUAUGAUCGUUUUUUUAAUGAGAAAUAAUGAUCUUCUAGAUGAAAUCGGAGCAACCCUAGCACAUACACAGUUUGAUUUUUUGAAUUUUAACUUUCAACAAGGAAGAAAUAAAAACUGCUGAUUUAUUAUUGAGCUGAGAUCAAUAUUGUUAUUUAUUUGCAAGCAUAAGUAACGUCAUUAACUAGCUGCUCUAAACCGAUUUACAUGACUCAAUCUUAAAUAUUAAUUAUAAUCUUAAUUUAAAGAUUUAAAGCCACUUGCAUUCUGUUUUUAGAUCAAUGAUUUUGAACAUUACUUAGUAUUAGACCUGACUAAUUUACCAACAUCGGUCUCAGGAAAAAUGGCGUCAUAUCCGAAUCAUGAACUACCAGAUAUGUAUAGAGUAUGUUCAAGCUAUCUAACAAAUAUAUUAACGUUAAAAGUCCAUUGUGUCCUCACUUUUUUUUCAAAGACUAAUAUUGUAUACCACCUGCAGGUGGUAUUUUCUGAGAUAUUUUAAUGUCAACUUUAUUGUCAACCCUCUAUGCAAUGCUGAAAUCUGCAAGACUUCGAAGUGCAUUGUUCCAGAGUUAUUAAAGAAAUAGCCAACAGCAUUCUAAUUUUUUACGGACAACAGAAGAGAAAACUUGACUAAAUAUUUUGUUUAAGAUACGUAUACAGCAGUACAGUUUGUCCACCUAAGGCGAUACCUCUCUCAUUAAGUUUCUGAAAAUAAUAAAAAAAUAUUUAUAAUAAAACAAUAUUUUUCACGAUCGGAUAGCCCGUUGAUUAAGCUGCAAAAUAGCUCUGAAAAAAAAAUUUCUAUCAAUCGUUUUGGGAAAAUUUGUGAAAAAGCCCCCAGCCAAAAUACGUUAUUGGUGGUCGAGUAUAUUCUGAAUCAUCUUGGAAAAAUUGCUAUAGAAGGGGAGUCAGACCAGGUGAGAGAUGUCUUACGAGCUCUUCGGACAGUUCCACGUAACUCCGCCCAGUAUUACAUGAUCUGAAAGUCGGUCAGAAAUUAAUCUUGUCAUCGUCUAGAACAUGAAAAGCCGCUUAUAAAUCCAUACAUUUUAGCUGUUCAAACGGUUCCGAGAAUGGCCGCCCAUAGCUCGCAAAAGACGAUUUUAGGAGUUUUUAAGGGCGCUAUGCAAAUUUCACCGCUACAUCUGAAUUUUUCUAACAGUGAUGACCGAAAAGAGCAUAAAAGAUUGCAUAUGUUACACCAAAAAUUAAGUUUUUCCUCAUCAAUUUUUAUACAAAGCGUUUAUGUCGAAACUUUACCGUCACUGGCCAAAAUUACAAUUUUUAAUUCGAGAAAAAAAUCAUCCAAAGAUUAAGAGAAACAGCUUAUUUUUAAAAUUAACAGAAAGUGCCACUGAAGCUUGUCUCAAUGCUACAAGAAUAAGAAAAUACUUACCGUUUACCUUUAACACCCGGUUGCCGAGACUUCAUAUAAACUUAAUUUAAUAGAAGAAAUGUUGAAAACAUCAGCACAAUUACGAAUAGAAGAAGGCGAACCCAUUACAACUUAACAUAAAUUGACGACAAUAGGAAUACCAUAGGAAUAAAAAAAAAAGAAAGUGUAACUGAUGCACAAGGGGUAGAAAAUGAUAUCAUGAGAUUCGAAUCUUUCUAUGUCGCGAAUAUUUCUAAUUACAAUAAUAUAUAGUUUAUUCAUUUCUGUUCCGUUUAAAGAUGUUGCAGGUUUUAGAAAGAGAAUGUAUUCAAGAGUAAGGGUAUCGAUUGUUUACUAGAACAUUCAAGUCAUUUUCAAAGGUAGUUCGUAUUUAGGGUAAUAUUGAGACUCCAAGAAGAAAUCCUGUACAGCCUUAUCACAAGCACACUGAGAGUUGCUAACUCAGUUCUUUUUAUAAGUGAUCAAUCAAGGGAGAAAAAUUUACGCGCAUUUGAUUAAGAAUCAUGUCGUAUUUUCUUUCAAUAUUUUUGAGUCUCGGCCAUUUAUAGCAAGGAAAAAAACUAAUCGUUUAUUGCAGAACGGAAUUUUCUUAAAGCUGAAAUUGUAGUAAUAGCAGUAGGUAAAGCAUUUCAUUGCUUAAUUAUCCAUGGAAAAAAUGUAUCUUCCAGCUUAACUUUAUGGGUGCGGUAUGUGUUCAUGCGUUUGUUAGAAGCAGAUCGCAAGGUCAUAGUUGCUGUUGCUACUGAUCUUGGUAUUCUAUCAGAUAGAAAAAGUGGAGUAAGACCUCUGAAUAUUUUGAAUAAUAAUAAAAUUUUGUGCGUCGCAAAUAGAUGUUCAAGUGAUAGCCAUCCUAGUAUGUUGAAAACUUUAUCUGACGAACUGACGUGAGACGCAUAGCAACACUAACAGUGAGUGCAGCAUCGUAUUGUAGUUUUGCAAUUGGCUUUAAAUAAGCUAAUACAGUGGGCGAAGAGGUAUUUCCAGUCUGAAUCUCUUUCGUACAUGCAUAGAUGACAACUGCAUAACUUAACACUGGCAAAAUAUACGAUUUAUAGAUCUAGUCGAGUGAUUCUGGUGAUUUUUGUACCAUUCGACCUAAGCUAAUGUACCUGCAUGGUUUCCCAUUAAUACUAUCCCAUUGGCACAUAAGUUCUGCACGUUUUUUUUCUGCUCACACAAUAAGCAACUUUAUUUUUCAAAAACAUGCCGCGUCAAUCAACAAUAUAAUCGCCGUUGUUCUCGACAACUUCUGCCCA